AUGAAAAUAAAGUUCUUUUUAUUAAUUACCUUCUGCUUAAUUGGCUUAUGCGUUUCAGAAGAAAUUAAUCCUGAAAUACCUGUUGAAAUAAAUGAAAAUACAGAAGAUGGAGAAGAAGAAGAAUUUAAAAUGCCAGAAAAAAUUUUUUCUUCUGGUUUCAAUGUUAAUAUGUAAACAUAAGAAUAAGUAAAUUUAGAUGGUUAAAAAUUAGUUGAAUUAUUUUAAAGAGAAGAAUUAAAUGGUGGAUACUGUUUUCUUGACGUUAUUGAAAUUCUCUAAGCCGAAUAAGAAGUUUAUGAUUCAUUUCAAUAUGAAUUAAGUUGCUAUAAACAUUUAUGUUAAAUAACAUCAGAAAUACCAUCAAGCGAAGAAUGGAGUAAUUGUAGAUUGAAAUAGUGUAAUUACUAGUAUACAGGUGCUUUUGGUUAUGUAAAUUUUUUAAAAAGAACUAUUACAGAAUGCCUAAUAGAUUAUGAGUAAGAAUAUACCUAAAAUAAUAAUAACAGUAACAAUAGUAACAAUAAUAACACUUCUUAAUAAAAUCCAUAUUUAAAAAAAGAUGAAAUAAUAAGUUUCUCAUCAAAAAAUGACAGUGAUAAUUAAAGUGUUGUAAAUGUUAAAAAUAUUGGUAAUGAUAAUAAAACAUUUUCAUGCAUACUUUCAUUCUUAUUAAUAGGAUUUAAUAUUAUACUAUUUUGA